AUGCUUUUGUUGUGCAGUAUACAUCCACCAGGAGCGUUUCAUCCACAAAAUUGGAAACUCAGGAUUAGUAGCCCUGAUAAUUCUGUAAACCCACUAAAUGAAAUAAGGAGGGAAGUUGAAAAUGUUCGUAGAGAUCGUACAGAUAUAGUGGAGAGCCCGGAGAAAUUAAUUCAGAUAACGAAGCUACCAUUCAAAGAGGUUUUGCAGUUACACCGAAGUAUAACAGCAAAUUAUUCUGCAUUUCCUAUUAAAGGAAUAGAUACCUACAUUGAACUCAUAUCAAAUACUGCUCUUAUUCCAAGUGGAAUAGAAAGUGUGGAUGCUAUGAUGGAAGGAGGCUUUCUGACAGGUAAAAUCUAUGAAGUUUGCGGUCCAUCUGGAAGUGGAAAAACUCAACUUUGCCUUACUAUUUCAACACAUAUUGCCCAUGACUUUGAGCAACAAGUACAUUAUAUCGAUACAAAGACAGAUUUUUCGGGAAAGAGAGUUCAAGAAAUGUUACAAACAAGGGGAUAUAAUGAUGAGGUAAUUGGUGCAGUUAUGGAAAGAAUUCAAGUAACAAGAAUACAGGACAUUUAUGAACUGUUUUCUUUCUUGCAACAUUUGAAGACUAGCCUUCACCAUGAACAAGAUGGGGAUCAUAGUGUACGCAUUAUCUUCCUGGAUUCCCUUCCUGUUUUACUCUUCCCUUUUCUUGGAAAUGACCUUAAUGAUGGUCUGGGGCUCAUGAAUCAGCUGGCAAACACAAUGAAGUAUAUUGUAACAGAAUUCCAUAUUACAUUUAUAGUUGUAAACUUAGCUAUGCAGUUCUUAGAAGAAGAAAAUGUUCCUACUGUUGUCAGUAAUGAAUGUUUACCACGGGAUGAAAAUUUGGUUAUGUGUGAAACAGUGAAACCAGCUCUUGGGAAAUACUGGCUGGAUGUACCAUGUAUGCGACUGUUUAUUCAUAAAUUUGACUCAAGUGAAAGGAGAGAGAUAACUGUGAUGAAAAGUACAUCUCUAAGUACAAGAAAGUAUUGCAAGGUGUUAAUUCAUCCUGCAGGAGUAAUAUCAAGCUUAGGAAGUGAAUACUCAGAGAAACCAAGAAACACUUUCCAGAAUAAGUCUUAAAGAUAUGCUGAUAAUAACAAAAUAUUGACACACUG